UUUUUGUGUUGCCCUCAAAUCGCAAAACCACUCGAGCAGGAAACAUGUCCGCAGAUGUAAUUGAUGAUGGUGCGCUGUGAUCUGUGGGGACGAGUCGAGUUGUGUAAUUGCUUUAUAUCAUCUCUCCAUGGAUGGCUAUUAAUUGGGCCCAAUGAUGUAGAGCCAAGUCCACCUGGAUAUAACGUUCCCUCCUCACGUGGUGAAAGUGUCUCCCCUGUGAUUUUUGCACAAUUGUUUCUAAUCCCAGAUCGUCUCACCGCUCCUGGUUAUUGCUUUGGGUAUUCUCAUCUCGGUUUUUAAAUAUAACAGAAUUGGUUUUUGCCUCUUGCAGUGUGAAAUUAAACCGUGAUUGUUUGUGUUUUUUUUGGAUUUCAAGUGUCCAGGAUGUGAGAAUCAACUCAUAGCAGACAUUUUAUGAGCCCUAAAUAGUUUUCCGGACAUUGUUUUUCAGUGGAUUAAACUUUCUCUGCAGAGUUAUUUUCUUCUGCUUCUGCCUCCUGUUAUCCGCUAUGUCCAGAUCAAACAGUGUCAGCCCACCCGGAAUCGGUGCGCCCGGGCUGAGGGGAGGUACCGAGCACAGAUCAGCUUGGGGAGAGUCUGAGUCCGUGGCCAACGGGUGCCCAUACUCGGCCAGAUCCCCUCGCAAGAAGCUCACUCGGGCCAACAGUAGGUGGAGGGACGAGGAUGAUCUGGACCACCGGCAGCCCGGCAAAGACUCCACCGCCGUCAGCAGGGUCAGCUUCAGGUCCCGGUCAGCUUGGCAGGACCAUGGCAAGGAGAGCCGAGACAACAAACGCUCGUCCCCGAAGCGUCCAGACGGGGAGAUGAGACCCAAGUCCGUGGAGCUGGGUCUGGACGAGCGGAGAGCCAAGCCGAGGAGCGACGAGGAGGAGGUCAUGCCCGAAGUGAACUUUUCUUUGGUGGCGUGCUGCACCAGCGUCAUGCACAUUUUCAAAUCCAAGAAAUUCCAGUCGGAGAAGUUGGAGCGGCUCUACCAGCGCUACUUUUUCCGCCUAAACCAGAGCAGUCUGACUAUGCUCAUGGCCAUGCUGGUGCUGGUCUUCACGGUCAUGCUGGGCUUCCACUGCUCCAGUGGCACCGGGAAGCCGAGCAUCACGUACGCGGUGGUGUUCUCCGUGACCAUCUUCCUCACACUCGUGCUCAUGGUGGUCUGCAACAGGAACGCGUUUCACCAGGACCAUAUGUGGAUCGUGUGCUACGUGGUCAUCCUGGUGGUGCUCGUGAUCCAGGUGAUCGGAGUGCUGCUUGUGCAGCCCAGAAGUGCCUCAGAGGGGAUUUGGUGGACUGUGUUCUUCAUCCAUGUCAUCUACACUCUACUGCCCGUCAGGAUGCGCGCGGCAGUCAUCACUGGAGUUAUUCUUUCUGCCAUUCAUGUGGCUGUUUCUUCGAUGUUAAACGGAGUGGACAGCUUUGUAUGGAAACAGAUAGUGUCCAACGUGCUGAUCUUCUCUUGUACAAACAUCGUGGGAGUGUGCACCCAUUAUCCCGCUGAGGGCUCCCAGAGGCAGGCCUUCCAGGAGACCAGGGAAUGCAUUCAGGCUCGCCUCCACUCGCAGAGGGAGAACCAGCAGCAGGAGCGUCUCCUGCUCUCAGUGCUUCCCCGUCAUGUCGCCAUGGAGAUGAAAGCUGACAUAAAUGCAAAGCAGGAAGACAUGAUGUUUCACAAGAUCUACAUUCAGAAGCACGACAACGUCAGCAUCUUAUUUGCAGACAUCGAGGGAUUCACCAGUCUGGCAUCGCAGUGCACGGCGCAGGAGCUGGUGAUGACUCUGAAUGAACUCUUUGCUCGCUUUGACAAGCUGGCAGCCGAGAACCACUGUCUGCGGAUAAAGAUCCUGGGAGACUGCUACUACUGCGUGUCCGGGCUGCCGGAGGCGAGAGCCGACCACGCCCACUGCUGUGUGGAGAUGGGGAUGGACAUGAUAGAGGCCAUCUCGCUGGUACGGGAGGUGACUGGAGUGAAUGUGAACAUGAGAGUGGGAAUCCACAGCGGCAGGGUGCACUGCGGGGUGCUGGGACUCAGGAAGUGGCAGUUUGACGUCUGGUCCAAUGACGUCACGCUAGCCAAUCAGAUGGAGGCGGGGGGCCAAGCUGGACGGAUCCACAUCACGAAGGCCACUCUGAAUUAUCUGAACGGGGACUACAAUGUGGAGGCGGGAACAGGGGGAGACCGAAACGCCUACCUGAAGAAAAACAACAUCGAAACCUACCUCAUUGUUGGCUGCAGUCAAAAAAGGAAUGAAGAAAAGGCGAUGAUAGCCAAAAUGAACCGACAGAGGACCAACUCCGUGACACACAACAGCGGCCACUGGACCGACCGUCCGUUCUACAAUCACCUGGGAGGAAACCAGGUCUCCAAGGAGAUGAAGAGGAUGGGCUUUGAAGACCCCAAAGACAAACAUUUUAUUUUCAGAAACACGCAGGAAAACCUGAACCCAGAGGACGAGGUGGACGAGUUCCUCGGCCGGGCCAUCGACGCACGCAGCAUCGACCGUCUGCGCUCGGAACACGUCAAGAAGUUCCUGCUCACCUUCAGGGAGCCUGACCUGGAGAAAAAGUACUCCAAACAGGUGGACUCCAGGUUCGGGGCUUACGUGGCCUGUGCCUCCCUCGUCUUUCUCUUCAUCUGCUUCAUCCAGAUCGUCAUCGUGCCUCCCUCCGGCCUGAUGAUCGGCUUCUUCAUCACCUGUUUCAUCAUCCUCACGGCCGUCAUGUUCGUCUCCACCGUGUACUGCUGUUUCGGGCUGUUCCCAGCUGCCCUGCAGACUCUCUCUCGGAGGAUAGUCCAGUCCAGACUGCACAGCACGCUGGUGGGCGUCUUCACCAUCAUCAUCGUCUUUCUCUCUGCUUUCAUCAGUAUUUUCACCUGCAGCAGCCAUGACCUGCGAGGCUGCAUCCAAGAACAGCUUAACAUCAGCCUGAACAGUGUGAACGCCUGCCACGCACACGACCUCAACUACAGCCUGGACACACAACAUUAUACUGCCUGUGGAGACAACGGCCUCAUCUGCAGCUUUCCUGAGUACUUCUCGUCCUGCGUGCUGCUCAGCCUGCUGGCCAUCUCCGUCUUCCUGCAGGUGAGCAGCAUCGGUAAACUCUUCCUCAUGCUCUUCAUCGAGCUGCUCUACCUCCUCAUCAUGGAGGUGCCCAAAGUGAACCUCUUCGACAACCAGGACCUGCUGGUGAUGGCCAACGCCAUCAACAUCAUCGAGCACAUCAAUGGAACAAGCUGUGUUGUGGACAACAAGGUUCCUCUGAAGAUCAUGACCCCGGUGGUCAUCACCGUCUUCGUGCUCGUCCUCUACCUUCACGCACAGCAGGUGGAGUCCACGGCCAGGCUCGACUUCCUCUGGAAGCUGCAGGCUACAGAGGAGAAGGAGGAGAUGGAGGAGCUGCAGGCCUACAACCGCCGUCUGCUCCACAACAUCCUCCCCAAAGACGUGGCGGCCCACUUCCUGCAGCGAGAACGACGCAACGACGAGCUCUACUACCAGUCCUGUGAGUGCGUGGCGGUCAUGUUCGCCUCCAUCAGUAACUUCUCCGAGUUCUACGUGGAGCUGGAGGGCAACAACGAGGGCGUGGAGUGUCUGCGGCUGCUCAACGAGAUCAUCGCUGACUUUGACGAGAUCAUCAGUGAGGAUCAGUUCCGUCAGCUGGAGAAGAUAAAGACCAUCGGCUCCACCUACAUGGCGGCCUCUGGCCUCAAUGACUCCACAUACGACAAGGCUGGGAGGUCACACAUCCGCGCCCUGGCUGACUACGCCAUGAGGCUGAUGGACCAAAUGAAAUACAUCAAUGAACACUCCUUUAACAACUUCAAAAUGAAAAUAGGUCUAAACAUCGGCCCCGUGGUUGCCGGGGUUAUCGGGGCCAGGAAGCCUCAGUACGACAUCUGGGGGAACACGGUGAACGUGGCGAGUCGAAUGGACAGCACAGGGGUGCCUGAGAGGAUCCAGGUAACAGCAGACCUGCACCAGUUACUGAGCUCCUAUAACUACACACUAGAGUACAGAGGCAUGGUCACAGUCAAAGGCAAAGGGGAGAUGAUGACAUAUUUCCUCAUCGCUGGACCACCAAGCAGUUAACCCCGACUAAGAGACGUAUAGAAAUCUGACAUGGCGAUCAGGUUCAUGGACCUCUGGUAGCUUACGGUGGACUGACACAGACUGACUCUUCUCUUGAGCGCCAGCACCCAGUGAGGCCGCAAAGGGGGACGGGUCACAAAUUCACCCGAAAGCUCAGCCUGUGGAGGACGGAUUUUGCCAGCUGUGCAAGUCGACGUCCUCAAGGAAAAAGAAAGAAAGCUCUGGAAGAAGUUGUAUCUGCUUCAAUCUCUCAGAGAGGACAAACCUGGUCGUGAACUACAUCACUCCCUCUCUUUCUCUUCACCUUUCGCCUGCUGAAGGAUAUAUGUACACAGAAAACACAGAGUUUUAUGUGUAGGUAUAUGAUGUUAAGUACUGUAUGUGAAACACAUUUUGUCCAUAUUGUUGUGAUACAGGUACAAAUCUCUGAGGAGUGGACACUCAAUCAACACAGCAACUAUCGUCUUUUUUUAUCAAUAUCUGAUCACAUGAUAUUGAUUAGCAGAUUAAUGGAGGCACUGAGCUGAAAAGAACGUCUGACAGAGAGAGAGAGAGAGAGAGAGAGAGAGAGAGAGAGUCAGGUUGUUUUUUUGUAUGAAAAGAAAGGCAGAAGUUCCCCGGUGUUCUCAGAAAGCUUAUUAAUUCACAAACGUACACGACAGUAUCGACAGAAUAUACACACACACACACACCAAACACAAAGAGGAUGUCACUGAAGAGCUUUUUCUAUUCUUCGACGUUUUGUAUUUUGAAUUCAGAACACCAAACCCUAUCAGAUAUUUUAAGAUUCUAUAUUUUGUACAUUAAUAUAUUAGAGAGCAAUCUAUAAACACCGAUGUGUAUUCAGAUGUUGACGCUGUAUCACUCUCAUGUCGGGACUUUAAAAGUCCUCACAGGUGUUCCCUGGUCCGAGCAUAUCGCCACAGCUGAGGGUUCCCAUUUAGCCCAGCAGAACGCCUGCUUCUUUAGCUCUUUCAACUCAAAUGAACACUUUUGAUCUGCAGGAAGUCGAGCGUUUUCCGAUGAUUCCCCUUCGCUGGUGUGUUGAUGGGAUGUCAAACCGAGUGAGUGGACUCUUUGAAAGACAAGACAGCAAUGAAGUAGUCUUUUUGCACUCGAGCGCGGUCAGCCGUCCACACUCUUCUUGAGCCGCUCCACCCCCAACCCCCAACCCCCAACCUCCCACCCCUUGCUUGCUCAAUCAGAUGGUACGACCCAAUGAAUGUCCAAUGAUUUCCGAUGAGGCCUUUUAUCAUGAACUCUAUACUGAGGAUGGCGAUGAUGCUCAUCCUGAGGACCGGGACAGACGAGUCUGUGUGAAGCGCGCCCUUUCAUCUGCUGUUUUCAAUUGUUUUUUUUCCCUAUCAAAGCGGUUUUUCUUCAGCAUUACAGCAUCAAUCCACAUUAUCUGACAAUUUAUCUGUUCACCUGCCUGAUUUCAUCGAUCUCUGUUGUUGUUGAUUUUGUGUCAUGUUCUUACCAAACAUUACAGCUGGUUCUGUUUGUCUUGGCUGGGUCACAGAGUGAAUGAAGUUAACAUUUGGACCGAGUGUCGAGUUUUUUGACAUGCAAGUGAAAAUAAUUGUUUUUUGAAACAAAUCUUAUGAAAAGGCCAAAAUGAAUCAUCUGUUAGUAUAUCUCUCAAUACCUUAUGACAUCCCUUAAUGGUUAAUUUAUUGAGUUUUAAAGCAAAAGAUUGUCAAACAGGAGCAAAGGAGAAUGUAAGAAAACUAUUUUUUUUUAAUGUAAAACACAAUUUGGUACAUAUUUGGCGUGCUCAGUCAGUCAGUAUUUACUGUAUGAGGGGUUGACUCAACACCGACCACACUGUAUGAAGUUUGAGGGUGCCAAAUUGAGAAGAUUUUAAAAGUGUAUUAAUACGAUGCGUUAAUGAAUUUUUAACAUUUACUUAUAAUUGUCAAAAACAAGCGAAUACACUGAUAAAACAACAGUGAAAUACAAGAUCACACAUGAUUUUAUAAAAGGCUGAAUAAGAUUUAUUUUGAAAGGAUAGAUAAGGCAGACUGAUAAAUGAUUGUCAUUACAAAAAGUUAUAUUUUAGUACAAUUCUUAAAUACCUUUUAGUUAUUUUAAAAAUGAAUGUAGUCUACCACUUUAAAUCAGGUUUAAGUAAAAUUUAUAUUAUUUCUAAAUUGUGACCUUUUUGAAAUUGUGCAAACUUAACACGUUACACCUAUUUUUCAAAAGGUGUUUAUUCACUGCAGGAAAAUGAACGAUUAAAUGCACACUUUAGACAUUUUAACACUUUCGUUAUGCAUGUUAAAGGUCACAUAUUAUCCUCCUUUUCAACCAGUUUAAAUAAGUCUCAGAGCUUGGGGAACCGUAAAUCAUGUGUGUGAAGUUUCUUGUUCUAAAUCCACUCUGAUCCUGUAUUUGAUCAUGUCUAUAAACCCCUCUAUUCUAGCCCUGCUCAGAACAGGCUGUUUCUGUGUCUGUACCUUUAAAUGUAAAUGAGCUGUGUCUGACCACCAAAACAAUGUAUUGAUCAGUUCUGUGGACACCUGGAAAAAUAUUUAAGAAGCCCAAACUUUAGUUUUUUUAUGAAUUGUUGGAUUGCUUUUGGUUUCUUGGUUUGAAAAGAAAAACUUUGCACUCUGUCCAAAUGUUUGCUUUGAGAUAGUAGAAUGAAAAACAACGAGCACUGGUCUACUCUGAUGGUUUUCUCUUAUGUUAAUGUACUGUACUGCUGCAAACACAUGAUCUUCACACACCACUACUAAAGAUUUGAAGUGUUCUCCCAUUUGACUCGUUGAAUGCAGUGCCGUUGUACGCUCAAAGUGGGCUACUUUUUCCACUGACGGUUGUGCAGGAAUGUGCUUUAAAGUUAUAUGUUAAAGAAACGGCACAGAACAGAGAUGGUUAAAAACUUUAUAAGGAGAAUCUCACCUACUGUCUCAUUUAUUUUACGUUUCUUGAUGAAUCUGAGAAGAUGACAAGGAAAAGCAGAAUUAUGUGACAAACAGCAGCUUCAGAGACAAAACCAUGGGUUGUUUUUAUUGUCAUGCCAAACACUAUGCUCGUUUUUUUUUUUACAGUCAAAUAAACGCCUGAGAUAUUUCA